GCGGCGGUUGGACCCGGGCCGGGGCCGGGGUCGGGGCGCCAUGGCCGAGUCCCAGCUCGGCUGCCUGGACGAGGCGCACGUGAACGAGAGGGUGACCGCGGCGCAGGCAGCCUUCUACUACUGCGAGCGGCGGCGGGCCGCGCUCGAGGCGCUGCUGGGCGGCGGCGAGCAGGCCUACCGCGAGCGGGUCAAGGAGGAGCAGCUGCGGGACUUCCUCUCCAGCCAGGAGCGUCAGGCCCUCGGCGCCGCCUGGAGCCCCUACGAAGUCGCCGCCGCCGCCGCCGCCGCCGCCCGGGGCAAGAGCGAGGCCGAGACCCCGACGCAGGACGCGGCCGAGUCCGGCGAGUCCCUGGCCUACUGGCCCGACCGCUCCGACACCGAGGUGCCCCCGCUGGAGCUGGGCUGGACCGAAACAGCCUUCUACCGCGGCGUGAGCCGCGUCAGCCUCUUCACUCACCCUCCUAAGGAGGAGAAGGCGCCCCACCUGAAGCAAGUGGUCCGGCAGAUGAUCCAACAGGCCCAGAAGGUCAUUGCUGUGGUCAUGGACCUCUUCACUGAUGGUGAGAUCUUCCAAGACAUUGUGGAUGCUGCCUCCAAGCGCCGCGUGCCAGUGUACAUCAUCCUGGACGAGGCGGGCGUGAAGUAUUUCCUGGAGAUGUGUCAGGGCCUGGAGCUCGCUGACUUCCGUAUUCGGAACAUCCGUGUCCGCUCUGUGACAGGUGUUGGCUUUUACAUGCCCAUGGGGAAGAUCAAGGGGACCCUGUCAUCCAAGUUCCUAAUGGUAGAUGGUGAUAAAGUAGCCACUGGAUCCUACAGAUUCACCUGGAGUUCCUCCCAUGUGGACAGGAACCUUCUCCUCCUACUGACGGGGCAGAACGUGGAGCCCUUCGACGUGGAGUUCCGGGAGCUGUACGCCAUCUCCGAGGAGGUGGACUUGUACCAGCAGCUGGGCCUGGCAGGAGGCGCUGGCAGGCUGGGCCUCAACUACUCCUCCACUGUGGCUCGCAAGCUUAUCAACCCCAAGUACACCCUGGUGACGGGCAGCCACCACCCACCCGGGGAGAUGAUGCGCUGGGCUGCCCGGCAGCAGCAGGAGGCCAGCCGCAAUGCAGAGGGGCAGGAGGAGGGCAGCAAGGGCGGCGAGUCAGCACAGCGCCUGGAGAGUUUCCUGCACGACCUAGUCACGCUGGAGCAGGUGCUGCCCCCCGUGGAGCCCAUUCUCUCGGGAGAGCCGAGUCGGAAUGGCAGGGUGUUCUCCCACCUGCGUGUGGACCUGAAGCCCAGACCCCGGGAGGCCCUUGCCCAAAAUGGCAGGGGAGAAGCUGCCAAUGGGGAGGCCACCGCGGCCAAGGAGGGCAGGCGCUUCAGCAGCAGGUUCUUCAGCCGGCGGUCCAAGAGGCCCGCAGCGCCCAAGAGCACAGCCAGCACCCCCUCCCCCGAGGCCCUGGCCGAAGCGGAGUUUAUGGCGGGGAAGAGGCCCAACCAGGGCUCCAGCGGCGACGACGUCUCAGGUAAAACAAGUUCCAGUCCUGCCAAGGCCAGCAAUUGUGUGAUUUUGUGAGCUGCGGGCCAGCUGUUGGCAGGACCUGUGGAUGCCCCCAUCCUGUCCUGUGGAGACACAGGUCAAACCCUGCACCGAUUUGCACAUCGGACGCCUAGUGGCCUCCUGCCCCAGCAGCCUCCAUCCUGGCCUCAGGGACCCUGUAUCCCAGAUGUGAGGGUCUACAGCAUCUCAAGACAAUCACACGCCUCCACAAGACUGUCGUGGCCGGGCAGGGGGUCACCCUUUGUUUACAUGAAGUGGAAGCUUGACUAGCAUCUGCUCUCCUUUAUGCCCAGCCCCCUCCCUCCACUGGGCCAGCCUUGCCCUGCAGGCCCCCAGAUGGGGUGAGUCCAUGUCUUUCUACCUUAAUGUGAUGGGGUCUCCAGGGCAGCCCCAGCCCCCUGGCUUCUCCUUCCCUGGGCUUCCUGGUGCUGCUGGUCCCCCAAGAGGUUUGGGGGAACAGAAGGGACGAGGACAGGGCUCUGAGCCCGGGAUCCAGUCUCGCUUGAGCUUCUGAACUCAAGGUGGAAGAUGCAGCGAGGACGGCUGGGGGCUGGCUGCUGUGGCCUUCCUGGCCUGUCCCUCAGGCUCCUGCAGUAGACUCUGAAUGCAGUAAGGGCAGAAUUUGACCCUGCCAUUUUGAGAGCCCUUGUGCUGAGGUCUCCUUUCCCUCCCCCAGCAGCAUCCUGGCAGGCUCUGCCCUGGGUGGUCUGGGCCUCCUUGGCUAUCGCCUGCUGCAAGCCCAUCUGGCAGUUCUGCUCACGCCUUUACCUGAGGCGACUCCCUCCCGUUUUUUGCCUUGAGUUGCAGCCCAAAGUAGGGAGAGAGAGAGCCUGGCUGAUGUUCUGGUGGUACUGGAGGCUGGGCCUUGUCACCAGGAGCGUUUGCCCUCCUCCCACCCCAGAGAUGGCCCUCAGGCCCUUCACCAGCCAGGACUUAUGUGCCUUCUCUAGUUAUAUGUCAGCCAAAGACCAGCCUUGGCCUUCUGCCAAAGUCAGACUGUCUUGAGGAGCCUCAGCCUCCCUGGCUUCUUAGGGACCUGGCCUAAUUGCCAUGACGCCAGGCCAGGAAGCCCAGCUGAAAAUCGCACACCACCCCCUCUUCACACAUGUGACUGAGAGGACCUGCGGAGAGAGUUCUUGAAUGGACGGCCGGGAAACUGCCGAACCGCAGGCUCUGUGGCCGGCCUUGCUUCCGGCCAGGGGCCGGAGGCCUGGAGAGCCGGGGGCUGCAGUACCUGAGAAAGCACCACGCUCAGCCUCCUGCUUCUGAGCCAAACUCUCGUCCUCACAUCUUUCCUUCUGCAAAACCCUGGGGCACCAGCAGCACCUUGGGGCGGGGCCCCGGUACCUGCUAGCGCCUGACGGGAGAGGGAGCAAGGGGACCAGCGAGCAUCCUGAGAGGAGCCUGGUCUCCCCGCUGGGUGGUGGGAGGGGCAGGGGAAGGAAGGGUGAACCUGGUUCUUGGGGGGUGAGGGACCCUGACCCACCUCCAUGAGCGUCUGUGAGGAUUAAACCCUUGCUGGGAAGUGCUUCCUUAUGCA